GUUGGAAAAAGGGAAAAAACUGCUUAGCCAUAAAUAAUGAGCCAUACAGAUAUAUAUAUCUCCAUCCGCGAUUGUUGUUCGAAGGUAAUUAGUAAUUACAAAAGUUCACCCCUCGAACUGCGAGAACAUUUGAAGUUACUCUACAUAUCCAUAUGAGCUGACUGGAAUAUGAAAAUUUCCAUAGAUUUGAACUGCUUUAUUUAAAGUUGAAUCGUUAGUGUUUGAAAGUGUGAUAGAAGAAGAGAAUGCUGGAAUUAGUCUCCUUUGCCUCUUUCAGGCCAACUGUAUGGAGUCAUAAUCUCAAAUUCCACGUGGGCAAUUUUAGUCAUAGCUUGCACACACCCAGAUGCCAGGCAGAAGCAGAGGCAGAGGCAGAGGCACACAGUGAUGGUAAGAAGAAGAAUAAAGUGGUGGUUGUUGGUGGUGGAUGGGCUGGUGUUGGAGCAGCACACCAUCUAUCCAAACAGGGAUUUGACGUGACACUUCUAGAAGCUGGUAAACAAUCUGGUGGUCUGGUUGCUGGUUGGAAGACUGCCUCUGGCCGGUCUGCAGAGGUUGGGAUUCAUGGCUUCUGGUAUCCAUACAGAAAUAUAUUUUCUCUCGUCGAUGAACUUGGUAUUUCACCUUUUACAAAUUGGACACGUUCAGCUCAAUAUUCCCCUAAUGGACUAGAGGUUGAAUCUCCAAUAUUUCAAGACCUUCCCCGUUUACCAAGUCCUCUUGGCACCUUUGUCUACACGCAGUUCUCUCGUCUGCCAUUGGUUGACCGUCUGACUUCUCUUCCACUUAUGUAUGCAAUGAUCGACUUUGACAAUACUGAUAAUGCUUGGAAAAAAUAUGACAACUUGACAGCACGGGAACUAUUCAAACAGUUUGGUUGCUCAAGAAGAGUUUAUGAGGAUGCAUUCAAUCCAAUGCUUUUGGUUGGAUUGUUUGCUCCAGGAGAGCAAUGCAGUGCAGCAGCUACACUGGGAAUGCUGUAUUACUUUAUCCUUGCUCACCAGCAAGAUUUUGAUGUUGUCUGGUGUCGUGGAACUGUUGGGGAAAAAAUAUUUAAACCUUGGAUUGAGCGCAUUAAAACCCAAGGUUGUCAGUUUCUUGCAAAUAAAAGGGUAACUGAUUUAGUAUUUGAUGAGAACACUGGAACAAUAUCAGCAGUAGCUUGUGGAGACGAGUUAUUUCCAGCUGAUGCUGUCAUAUUCUCAGUGGGCAUCACUGCAUUGCAAAGGAUUGUUUCCAACAGUUCAGUUUUGCAAACAAGGGAUGAAUUUUUGAAUGUCUUAAACUUGGGAGGAAUUGAUGUCCUAGCAGUGAGGCUGUGGCUUGAUAGGAAGGUGAAUAUUCCAAAGCCAAGCAAUGCUUGCUUUGGUUUCGACAAUUCAACAGGCUGGACUUUCUUUGAUUUGACUACUUUGCAUGAUGAGUAUAAGAAUGAACCUGGAACAGUUGUUGAAGCUGAUUUUUAUCAUGCAAACCAAUUUUUAUCCCUGAAAGAUGAACAAAUUGUACACAAGGUCAAAGCUUACCUAACGGCAUGCAUUAAAGACUUUGGAGAGGCUAAGGUGAUAGAUCAAGUAGUUGUUCGAUUUUCUAAAUCUGUAACACACUUCUUCCCUGGUUCCUAUCAAUACAUGUUGCGGGGAAGUACAAGCAUCCCAAACCUAUUUAUGGCUGGUGAUUGGAUUAUUUCUCGACAUGGUUCCUGGUCUCAGGAAAAAGCAUACGUGACUGGCCUAGAAGCUGCCAAUAGAGUGGUGGACUAUUUUGGGGAAGGGAAGUUCGCAAAAAUCAUUCCAGUGGAAGAUGAUGAACCUCAUAUUCAAGAGUUACGUGGAAUCAAUAGGAAUUUUAAGGAGAUCAUAGCGCAGUUUCCAUUCUCAGAUGUUUCCUUGUAAUGUAGCUAUAUCUUAUUACAUGCAAAUCAUGAGAGAAUACUAUUUCAACUAAAAGUAAGUGAAAGGCUUGCUAUUUUUUAAGGAAAAAGGAAAAUCAAUCUAGAAAUCUGCUUUUUAUCCUGUCC